AUUGCGGAAGCUUUGAUAUUGUCUAUGCUAGUUGGCUUGCCUUCUCUACUUUACAACGUUAUUAGUUAUUACAAACGCAAAAAAGAAAUUUUGAUAAUAAUAGUGAGUGUUAAACGUGCUUGGGUUGAUUUUGUAUAUCUUAUUUGCCUGAACAGUUAUUAAAUUACCAUGCGUAAGCGUAAAUCUCUAAAAAAGGGUGAGGAUUCUGACGGGUCUGAACCCGCGGGCGAGCCGGAAGAAUUUCAGGAUUCUGGCGAAGAUUGGACGCCGGAUGCUGAUUCGUUCCAGAACGAACCCGCUCGUCCUGGUAGAAAAAGGGGUCCCAAGUCGGCAUUGAACAAUUCAAAAAAGAAACGCAAAAAUUCCUCCUCUGAGGAGGAAGAGGAAGGCGAAGGAGAAGAGGAUGAGGAGGGAGAGGACGAGGAGGCCGAACUGGAUGAGGAGGAGGGCUCAGACGAUGACAAGAAUGGAUCUGAUGGAAACAAAUCUGAUUCGAGUCAAUCAAAGGACAUACCAAAGCAUUUCCAUUCUGGAAACUUUGUAUUGCUAAAGUCGGAUGUUAAAUGGGAGGGAGACACUGUCAUUUCCAAACUGGACAGUCUCAACUUGUGGAAGAUAGAUGGUAAAGCAUUAUUACAAAAGUUUAUCCCGAUGGAAUCAAAUGGAAGAAUUCUUCACAAAUGUACAUGUGUAUAUUCUGGAUGGAAUGUUGACAACCGUGAAAACUACUACCCCAUCACUGAAAUAUUGGACAGGAACCCGCGCACCGACUCAAAGGAAAUUUGUGUAGCUUUAGAUCUCAAUGAUCUUAUUAAAGUAAGAGACAAGUAAAAAUUGUAACUGAAUAUUUUUAGGUAAGGUAAUACCAUGUAAUAAUAUCUUGUGGCACUUCAUUCCAACUAACAUUGUAAUUCAUUUAAAAAAAAUGGGAAUAAAUGUUCAUUGAAGAUCAAA